GCCCUGGCACACAACACUACUCCAGCCAUUGCAGCCAUGAUACGUGUGUGAGAUAGCAUUAAAUUACUUGCCCACGGACAUUCAGCUUACUUUCUACUUUGCCAAGAUAUGCCGUUAUUUUGAGAGUUGUCAAGGGUUGCCACUUAGUCCAGGGGAAGAAAAGCACAUGUGACACUGGAUCCUGGCUGGGCUAAUGGUCAUUACUUGAGCAGGAGACCCCCUCCCUCCGCCACCCUCAGACCUGCUGCUGAAACCCACUUCCUGGUACAGUACUUCAUCUCAAGGAGUGACGGUGAUAACAGUCUGUUGUCAUCAAGGUCAGAGGUCGACAGGGGAGUGGGAGUGAGUCUGCAGGCUGCUGAUGGAAGGACGUGGUGCUUUGUCACUCCUCAUGUCUGUGGAGUCUGAGUCCAGAGGCAGAGCUCUGAAUCCUCGCCAUGGCCGACGUGCUGGAGAGCGGUGGGUCGGGAGCCGUCAGAGUGGCCAGCGUGGAUUGGCAGAAACGCUGCAUCGCUCUGGAGAUGCAGCUGCUGAGGUUCCGGAUCCAGGCUGGGAAAAUCCGAGAGCUGCUGGCAGAGAAGAUGCAGGAGCUGGAGCAGAGGGUGAUGGAGGCUGACCAGCGGGCUGAGAGUGCUGAGAAACAGAUCCAUGUCAUGGAAGAAAAGCUGAAGUCUGCAAACAUACAAACCAGCGAAUCAGAGAGCUCGUUGUACAGAAAGUAUCAAGACCUAACCAGUCAGGUUCAAGAAAAAGAUGACGCGAUAAAGAGGUUAGAGAUGCAGCUGGAAAAACAGAUCUUAGUCAGAGCCCAGGAGGCAAAAAUUAUUGAGGAGAAAGCCGCCAAGAUUAAAGACUGGGUCACCUUUAAGCUUAGACAGAUGGAGCAAGAGAACCAGCAGCUGAAAAUGGCCAACCUGAAGCAGACAGAACAGAUGGUGCUGCUGCAGGACAAACUACAAGUGCCAACAGAAGCAGUGAAGUGUAGAAGAAGCGAAAGGACAAAGCGUGCCCAGCAGAUUGGCUCUCCUCUGCCGUCCUCUCUGGACCCUUGCACCCCUACCAAGACUGGGCCUAGGGCGGGGUCUAAAGUUACACCAGAUCUGCAGACACCCUGUCCAGAACCAUCCAAAGUCACCUUCUCUUUGGAACUGGAUCUCCUGGCAGACCUGUACUGUACCUGCAUUUCUGAAAACCUGGUGCCAAACAUUUUCCUGGAGCUUUUCUUUGUGAUGCAGUUGCUAACGUGUCAGUCUCCUCACACUCGUGAUGCUGAUGAACAGGAAAGUUUGUGUGCAGUGAAUUCAGAUGUUCUGGAGAGAUGUUACCUGAGACAAGUACACAACUGUGUGUAUUUUGCAGUGAAAGUUCUGGAGAAUCAGUUUCAGUUAGUAACUCAUUUGGACAAGUGUACCUUGCGUCUGCUGGCAGAGAAUGAAAGGGUGGCGUCUUUCUCUCCGGAUCUCAGGGACCGUCUGACUCAGGCCCAGGACACAAGCACAGCCAGGCUCUCUCCUUCAGUCUCCACUUUCAUCCACUCAGUCUCAUUCCAGCCUUCUACUGACAAUCGGUCCAACUUUGGUAGUGACAAGGCUUUCCACACCUUUAAAAAACAGAGAGAUAUUUUUUAUGAGGUGUUACGAGAAUGGGAGGACUUUCACAAGGAACCGGGCUGGCACUUUGACACUGCUCUUGGAAGUAGGAUAAGAGGAAUGAUGGGUCAGUUGACCUCUGCAGGAAACCAUUCCCAUUUCGCCCGUCUGUUUCUGAAGCAGCUUGUUCAGAUGUGUAAAGGCCCACGUGUGAACAGCUCUCCUGCGGAUACUCCUGAUGCUGACCUGCUAGGCAUGCUUGGAGCUGACAGCCUGGGGCGCUUAAAGCGUCUUGAGGAGCGUCUCAUUCAACCUCAUGGAGUCGUUGGCCCUUGCCCUCCUCCAUCCUUCCCUGGUCACCAGGAGUUCUUCAGGGACUUCCUGCAGACUGCUAGCUGCUGCCAUCUGAACCAGCACUUGCAGGACAGCCUGUGUCAGCAGCUUCUCCAGCUGGAUGAGGUGUCCAUACAGAGCCCUCCUGCUACUAUCGGGGAGGGAGAGGAGGAGGGAGAUGGGGACAUGGAGCAGCAGGAUGAGAAGCAGCGGUUCACCUCAGUGCUGCUCCUCGCUCGUCUUCUGGCUAAGUUUCUGGGAUUCAUUUCCUUUCUGCCUUACCAAACAUCUGAAAGACCAUCGAGGGAGAUACAGGAGACUGCUAUUGCCAUGCGCAGCAAGUGUGUUCCAGUGCUGGAUGUGUGUGCUGUGCUGAGUAACAGUAUGAAAAGGAGGCGCACCAUCCUGACUGUGCCCUGGCUGGUGGAGUUCCUCUCCAUGCUGGACUGUAUUGGUCCUCUGCUGCUCAGCUAUAGAACUGCACUGGGCACAUUGCUCCUCCUGUACAGGAGAAUGCUGCUGGGCAGAUGUGAAGAAAUGUGUUACCUGAACAAGUUACUAAUGGUGUCUGUGUUGGGCUGGCUGUUCCAGAUCCCAGUGAUUCCCGAGGACAUAUUCUUCACCACUGAGUUCACCGAAGUGGCCAGGCUGGAGGACAGCAGCACGACUGCCGCAGGGCUUGACUGCAUUCCCCUGGUGGAUCAGCAGCUUCUCUAUACAUGUUGUCCGUUUCUUGGUGAGUUCCGUAAGCUCCUAGCCGCCUUUGUAUCUGGAAGCACAGCCAAGAGUGGAGGAAUUAUCCGCAAGAUCACUCCCACUUCUGCUGAGCUCAGGGAUACGCCAACUGCCAACAGGUCGCAGCAGAAACUGCAGGUGGACCUCGAGCAGGCCUUCUUUCACAACCAGCCUCCGUCGCUGCGCCGCACCGUGGAGUUUGUAGCUGAGAGAGUUGGAUCCAACGCCGUCAAGCAUAUGAAAGCCACAUUGGUGAGUGAGUUGGUGGAGCGAGGUGAGAAGAUGCUGAGAGACGGGCUCGAGUCACCAAACUCAAAUCCUUCAAAAUUAAAUGACUCCAUCUGCGCUCAGCUGUGUGUCGCAGGAUUGGAGGCCCUGGCAAGAGCCACCAGAUUUUGCUGUGAGAAGAGUCCCGAGGCCAUACGAAUUCUGCUCCCCGACGAGACCUCCCCUGCUGUCCUGGCCACAUCUGAAAAUAUUACCAAACGUCUUGCAACAGAAAAGGCCUGCAGCUGGCUCUCCGCCAACAUCACAGCACUGAUAAGACGAGAGUGGAAGAACAAAUAUGAUCGUGUGAUUAAGGCUGUGGGUAGCUCUGUGGCUCCAGACUCGGGGGAUGUGGAGGGGGCUGUGGCUGAGCUGGUCACCCAGGAGCAGUCGACCACUCCCAAGAGGAAACAAGGAAGUCAGAGAGCGACAUCCUGCCCUCCACACUGCAACCACAAUGCUUCACUGCCCUCCGACAUCCUCGUUGAGAUGAAGGAAUUGCUGAGCAUUGCUGUAGGUCCCAGGACUGAUGAGGAGCUGCCGACUGGCUCUCAGAUCAAAAUGCUGCUGCAGAGAGUGGGAGACACACUGGCCUGCAGAAAGUUCUCAACUGUGGUGUCAGAACAGAUGCUACUGAACUCUACUGUUCUACUGGCCUGCAAACUGGUGUCUGCAGAGCUGCCAGUAAUGUCUCUGACUGGGUGGAGCGGAGGUGAUGGGGUUGUUGUAGGUCCCGGUUCAGGGUCAGAACCUCCUGUCAGAGCGCUGCUGGAGCAGCUUGCUGAGCUGUGGGAAGGGGACUGCUGUUCCUCCGCCCCCCUCCACCUGCUCUUCACCCCACUCACUGUCACUGCUGUGCUGAAGGCCAGCGACACUGAGUGGAACAACUACCUGUUCCUGGUUAGAAGGCUGGUUGACAGAGGAGUCCUGAGCGAGGAGGAGGUCAUAUCUCAUUGGAAGAAGCUAACAAACUUGGCCUUGCCAGCGGAGCUGAUAGAGAAUUUUCAGUUGCAGUCACAGAGUAUUAAUCCUCCAUUGCCUGUGGCUGAGUUGCAAAGCUGCAUGGACAUGCUGCAGGUCUCACAACAGACAGUAGAGGGCGCUACAUGACAACAACAAGAAUACUGGAAUACUCCGUAUCCCACGCAUCUUAUGUGAUCACCAUUGGGUUUUAUGUCACAUCAGUCAGUGUGUUAGCAUUAGAAAGACACUUCUGGGUGAUUUUGUUGUUUUUCGAGUUUGUUGUUUUUCGCGUUGACACCGCACAGCCCAUCAAAGCCUUUCGACAGUCAGCCUCUGCACAGGCGUUUGUGAGCUUCAGACUUUUGUUCUCCACCUGUGAAGUGACAGCAGCCUUUCAUGAAUCCCUCUGCUCUUUUGCUAUGGCGCCAUAGAGAACCAGAAAGCCCUGACAGUCAGAAGUAUCUAGGGACCACACCUUAGAUCUGUUGAACUUCAAUGCAAGCAAACUUGGUAGAUGAUUGUGUCUGACGGGAAAUACUAGCAUUUUAAACAGUCAAGACCAUAGCAGAGAAUUAGCAAAGACAGAAGAAGGGUCGGCAUCAAAAUGGGCAUUUGUAUGUUUUUGCAGCCGAGGACACAAACUGAUUAAGUGUGACCCUAAAGACUCAUUAAAACAUAAAACAAUGGUCCCAGUUUUUUAAAUGUAAGGUUUCAUCAAACAAGCCAAACUUGUUAAGACUGCUUCCAAAAAUGGACAAAAAGUUUGUUUUUGUUGUUGGAUUUUAGACCCACCGGAGAAAAUAAAUGUCUUAAUUUUAAUAUAGCACUUUCACACACUGCCUUUGACCGCCAUUACUAGUGUUUAUUUCAUGAAUGCAAGACUGUAUUUGUGACUGCUUUUGUUCAUGUUGAACGAGCACUGUAUUCCUUGCUGCUUUUAAAACUGAAAUAUUUUUAAAAAAAUCUUGUCACAAUGUUAAAAAUACAAAACAAUAAAGAUGUAUUCUGAA